UAAGUAGGAGGAAACGCUAACAGUUGCUGACAGCUUGUAGGAACCGGCGUCGAAUAUCGAAUCAUUCAUCACUUUCUUCACCGCGACAUUGUUACUCGCUUCGCCGCGGAGGAGUAAAAAGACACCAGCGACCAGGCAACACUUUGUCACCGUGAAAUAUCUUAUCGACACGCUAUCUGACGUGCAAGCCAAGCAACACUUGUAUGCUACAUUUGUUUCUAGAAGGGCCCCCGGACACUUCACGGGUAAACGGCGGCGGGAUGGAGACGCAGAUCCAUGUGCCGGUCGGCUCGCCGGUCAUACGAAGAAUUCCAAUUUUUGUGGACGAGCACAACGUGACGGAAGGCGCGAUGAAGCUCGUUAAAGAGCUGAGACCUGCGUGGGGGAAGGACCACGUCAAGACCAAGUUCUUCACUGAUGGGACAACCAACAAACUGGUAGGCUGCUAUGUGGAGGACAGUCCGGAAGACGUGGUCCUCGUCAGAGUAUACGGGAACAAGACUGAGCUAAUUGUCGACCGAGACAAUGAGCUCAAAAGCUUUCAGGUGCUGCAUGCAAACGGUUGUGCUCCUCGUCUGUACUGCACCUUUCAAAAUGGCAUCUGCUACGAAUUCAUGCAAGGGGAUGCUCUUGGGACACAAGACGUCAGAGAUCCUUCUUUACUCAGACUUAUAGCGAAAGAGAUGGCUCGUAUCCAUGCAAUCCAUGCACAUAAUGGAUGCAUCCCUAAACCCAACCUCUGGAUUAAAAUGAGAAAAUACUUUUCACUUGUGGCUACGGAGUUCACAGAACAAGCGUCCAACAUCAGAAUCCAGAAGGAGGUGCCUAGCAAGGAGGUGCUGGAGCAGGAAAUUGUGUGGAUGAAAGAGCAUCUCUCUACGCUGGGUUCGCCUGUGGUGCUCUGUCACAACGAUCUGCUCUGCAAGAACAUCAUUCACAACAGCAAAGAGGCUCAUGUUCGCUUUAUAGACUACGAAUAUUCCAGUUACAACUACCAGGCCUUCGACAUUGGAAACCACUUCAAUGAAUUUGCAGGCAUGGCAGAGCUGGAUUAUGGGUUGUACCCAAGUCGGGAGAUACAGAUGGACUGGCUCAAAAUCUACCUGCAAGCAUAUAAACUUUUCACUAAGAAAACUGAGGAGGUCAGUGUCCAAGAGCUUGAGACACUGUACGUGCAGGUCAACAAGUUUGCUUUGGCUUCCCACUUCUUUUGGGGAUUCUGGGCCCUCAUUCAGGCUAAAUACUCCUCCAUUGACUUUGACUUCCUCGGGUACGCUGUGUUGCGUUUCAACCAAUACUUCAAGAUUAAGCCCACAGUGAUGGCCUUACAGAUUCCAGAGUGACAGGAUGGAAGGACUUCUGGGUUCUUCUACUGAGGCCAGCACAUUUUUUUGGACCAUCAAUUGUUCUACAUGGCACUUUUCUCUUCAGCAAGCCUUAAACUCUCCUUCAUUCCUCCUAGAAGUAGCUCAAAUAUGUCUAGCUCGAGAGCUUUCUGAGAUGAGUGUGGAUGUUUGUGUGCGUGUUAAACUUUAAACGCCGGUUUGUCCUCUUUCCAGGCGACUGAGCCCAGUGCAGAGUCUUGAGUUUGGGAGACAUCUCACUGGCUAUUCGCUGUCACUUCCUGGUAGUGAAGUCCACUGGAGAAGUUCCUCUGAUUGGUUUGAUGCUAAUUGUAACGAACAUCAAUACAGAUUUUCCACUGAAAGGUACUCAGACCAAUGCAGUGGAAAAGUGUUGCGUAGCGUCUUUAGUGCUGAAUGCACUAUGAUCCAGUGCCUCAGCAGCUAUUAAGAAGUAGUGUAACUUAACAGUUACAUUUGUGUGGGAUUUCUCAGACUCAAGACUAGUCUGUGUGGUGACACUGGUCCAGGUGUCAUCUGUUACCUCCUCUGGUGCUUUUAGCAGUUUCAGCUGAACUGCUGUUGCUUGUCACUGUCGGUUUUUCCCUGAAUUUUGGGAAUAUGGAAGAGAAAAUAGUUUAUUUGCUUAUUUAUUUCAGGACUAAAUGGAUUGUUCAACAUCUCAGGUUCAGUUUUGGGAUGCACUAGGUUUGAUUGGACUUACCUGACCCUCACAACCCCUUGCUUCCUUCCUCACCUUCUUGACUUUUAUGGUCGCUUUGAGCCGCUUUGUUGAACUUUCCAUCUAAACUUUCCAUGGAAAAUCACCACCUCCUUCACUUUGACUUCAUGUCCUUUCCAUACUCAAACACCAAAAUGCUGUCAAAACCUUUUGACUUGAUCGCAGACACGUUUGAAUAAUGACUCCAAGUCAGGUGGAUUUUGAAUGCAAUCAGCGGGGAAAAAUACAGUAUGAUUGGGGAAAAAACACUAAUGUCUGAAUUUUGAAUCGUGACUGCUUUUUGUUUUAUGGUCGGUUUCCUCAUUAAUGUGAAUUUGUUUUUGUUUUUUGUUUCAUUCCAAACCUAAGAAAGUGACAGUCACCGGAUUUCCAGAAAACUAAACCGUUGAGUACAGGUGAAACAUAAAAGAUUACAAUGUCGUGUAAAAGUCCAUUCAUGUAAGAAUUCAACUUCAAACGUGAAAUUUAAAAUGUGCGAUAAACUCAUUAAAUGCAAAGUGAAAUAUGUCGAGCUUUUCCCCAGCAGGAACAAGACAUUGAAACAAUGUUUUAAACAACUCAAACUUAACAUUGGAUCCACAUGCUUUUUGUCGACGUUUCCAUCAAUGUUGGGUUCUGACCUUGAUUUGACUGUUGAAUUUUGGUCAUUUCCUCACCAGUAUUCAAUAACACAAAGACAACGUUGAAACAACAUGCUUUUUGACAAUAUCAGGUUGAGACGUUAAAUUGAACAUUGACAUUUGGUCCUUCCCUACCAACAGCGUUGUCUCAAUUUACAAAUAGAACUAUUUUGCAAUGUUGUUUCAAAGUCAGUUUUAAAGGACGUGUAUGUAUAAUCAACGCUGUAUCAAUGUCUUUUGCCUGCUUGGUUAUUUGUUAUCAUUUUGAUGAUCAUCGUUUAGUUUUGAAAACCCACAAUUUUAAAUGUGAAUUUUUUCUAAGUUGUAAGCCAUAAUCUUUCAAAUUAAAUCAAACAAAGUCUAGAAAUAUCUUGAGUUGCAUGUUAUGAGCUUAUGUCAUAUAUUAGUACCAUUUUGUAAACCUAAUUGCUGGUAUGAACGAACCUUUGCACGAUAUUCAAUUUUUUCUGUUUCACCUGUAUCUGAUUAAUUUAAUCAACUAUUUUAUUUUUGUUUACUCCUGUUAUUUUGGGUUAAAACUAACCCUAGUCCAGUUUUUAUGCGGGUACAGUUUGUUGGAAGUGUGAACCAGGGACCAGACAUAACGAGAGAUAAUUCUCAGUACGCUUGCUCCACACGACUUUGGCAUUACUUUUUUUGAACUCCAACCGAGCCCCACAAAAUCGAUGGCUAAUAUAUUUUUGAUCCAGACCAGAGAACUAGUGUGAAUGCACCCUGUAGCACAUCUAAAAAAUAACCAUCUCACCACAAUUACACAAUUAAUUCAUUGACAUCUCCGUUGUGCUAAUCUUUUGAAAGCAAUCUCAAAUCGUUCCGCAUCAACUCUGUGACCGUUUCCCAAUCCCGAUAAGUUUUUUUCUGAGUACAGAAAGUGAAACGAGCUCAACUAUUGGAUAUGAGAAGAUAAUACACUCAAACAAAGUGAGGCAUCACACUCUUAUUGAGCUUUGACCCUCAGCUCUGAACUUGUUAAAGUACCAAUGAUUGUCACACACACACUAGGUGUGGCGAAAUUAUUCUCAACAUUUGACCCAUCACCCUUGAUCACCCCCCAGGAGGUGAGGGGAGCAGUGGGCAGCAGCGGUGGCCGCGCCCAGGAAUAAUUUUUUGUGAUUUAACCCCCAAUUCCAACCCUUGAUGCUGAGUACCAAGCAGGGAGGUAAUGGGUCCCAUUUGUAUAGUCUUUGGUAUGACUCGGCCGGGGUUUGAACUCACAACCUACCGAUCUAGACCAAGUUGAAUAAUUUACCAGGUGAGCUUCAGUUCCUCACUCCUGUAUCACAGGAAAUUGUUUGAAAAGUUAUUGACCAAAGGUAACUAAUUGCAGGGUUUUUCUUGGGUAACCUGCUUAGAUUUGCAGACAAAUAAAAAAAUAUUAACAGAUCAAGCUUUUGCACUAAACAAUGUUUAUCACUGAUAUAAAGGGGCUUGCAAAAGUAUUCACCCAUCUUGAACCUGUCCAUAUUUUGUCACAUUACAACCCAUCCAUCAAUCCAUUUUCUACCACUUGGGUCCCUUUCAGGGUCGCGAGGACAAAAAUGAAUAUAUUUUAUGUGAAAGACCAAUAUAAAAUGGUAUACCAUUUGGAAAUGAAAGAAAAUAAUACAUUAUGGCUUUUCUAGUGACAGAAAUGUUUGGCCAGUCUUAUUUGCUAAACAGCUCAAGUCAGAUUAGAUGGAGAGCAUUCGUGAAAAACAAUUUUCAGAUCUUGCCACAUUUUCAUUGGGCCUAGGUCUGGACUUUGACUGGGCCAUGCUAACACAUGAAUAUGUAUUGUUUUAAACCAUUCCCUUGUAGACCUCGAUUUAGAUGAACAUCCACCCCAGUCUCAAGUCUUUUGCAGACUCCAUUCAGUCAAUCAAUCAAAGUUUAUUUAUGUAGCCCUUAAUCACAAAUGCCUCAAAAGGCUGCAUAAACCACAACGAUCCCACAUCAGGGCAAUAAAAAAACUUAACCCAAAGCCUUGGUAGAGACCGCAGAUGUGGGGCUUCUACUGAGGUAGUAUCUCUAACUGGAGUCCGACUACAAAAUGCUCUAUAGCCCGCAGGCUCUGGGAAUCACUAAUAAACCGGAGUUCUUAGAAAGCAGAUUUCUGGCCAGGACAUAUGGUACACUACAAUCAGAUAGGAUGGAGCUAGACCGUUAAGUAUUUUAUACGUAAGUAGUAAAACCGUAAAGUCACAUCUUAAGUGCACAGAAAGCCAGUGCAGGUGAGCCAGUAUAGGCGUAAUAUGAUCAAACUUUCUUGUUCUUGUCAUAAUUCUAGCAGCCGCAUUUUGUACCAACUGAAAUCUUUUGAUGCUAGACAUAGGGAGACCCGAAAAUAAUCCGUUGCUGUAAUCGAGACAAGAUGUAACGAACACAUGAAUAAUGAUCUCAACGUCGGUGGUGGACAAAAUGGGACGGAUUUUAGCUAUUUUACCGAGAUGGAAGAAGGCUGUUAUAGUAACAAUCUCCAACCGAUAUUCCAAUAUUUCCUUGUAUUUGGCUCCAUCCAUCUUCCCAUCAUCUAUGGCCAUUUUCCCUGUCCCUGCUAAAGAGAAACAUCCCCACAGCAUGAUGCUGCCACCACCAUAUUUGAUGGUGUGUUCAGAGGUGUGUGCAGUGUUGGUUCUCUGCCACACAUUUUGCAUUUUGGCUAAAAAGUUCAAUUUUGGUCUGGUCUGACCAAAGCUGCUUCUUCCACUGGUUUGCUGUGUCCCCAACAUGGCUUCUGGCAAACCUCUAGUGGUUUUCUUUGAACAAUAGCUUUCUUCUUGCCACUCUUCCAUUAAAACCACAUCUGCACAGUGCAUGACUAAAAGUUGUACUCUGGACAGAUUCCCCUACUUGAGCGGUGGAUCUCUGCAGUUGGUCCAGAGUCACCAUGGGUCACUUGGCUGUUAUUUCUGAUCGGUGCUCUCCUUGUUCGGUCAGUAAGUUUAGGUGGAUGGUCUUGUCUUGUAGGAAGUCUACCUUGAUGGAAACCUUUUUAUAGCCUAAGCCUGUUUUAAACUUCUCCACAACUCUAUGCCUAACCUGUUCGGUGUGUUCCUUGGACUUCAUGAUGCUGUAUGCGCCCCAAAAUCCUCUGAACCAACCUCUGAGGCCGUUACAGAGCAGCUGUAUUUGUACUGAGAUGAGAUUGCAGACGUGUGGACGGUAUUUAUUCAUUAGCAAUGAUCAGGCAACUUUUGAAGGCAAUUUGAGAAACUGGGACUGAGUACUUUUAACUGAGUACUUUUGCACAUUUUGUGUUGGUCUUUCACAUGAAAUUCCAAUACAAUCUCUUUGUUUGUGUUCGUAUUGUGACAAAUUAUGGAAAAGUUUUGCAAGCCAAUAAUCCACAGCAGAGUGGAUUUGUUGAUUUAGAACAUUUUAGAGUAAGUUUGUGUCAUCAGUUUAGUUCAGUUCAAAUCUAAAUGAAGUCAUAUUUAACCUUCUGGUUACAUUCAAUUUUAAUUCUUUUUUUGCUCAAACUUCAGUCCUAAACAAAAAUAUUUAAAAAAAAUUAUUUACCCUUUUGAAGGCCUUUUGAUCAGAUGCAUACCUGCCAACUACUCCGGUUUUCCCGUAAUUAGUACGGUUUUCAUCAACCUAUUCCGGGUUACGGUUGCAGUGAUAAAAAAUACAGUUUUUCAUUAAUUAAAAAAUAUAUUUUUUUUUUUUUAAGUUUUAUUCACGAAAUCGCGUAACAACAAUGACAAUCGACACUGCUUCCCGUAACUUCCUAUCGAGCCAUUCCGAAUGCCAUGCGCGAGGCUAUUUAUAGCACCGCUGCCAAGCACGAGGCACCUGUUGCCCAUUGUUUACAAACGAGCGAACGAUCAUGGAAUCAGCCGGAGAAAAAUCGCAAACGAGUCUUAAACCGAAAAGAAAACUGCAGUCAUUCCGUGAAGAAUAUUCAAAAGCCUAUCCGGGAAUAAUUAUCCGUUCCAAAAAGGGUGAAAACUACGCGAAUUGCACCUUGUGCAGACAAGAUUUUUCGAUCGGACACGGAGGAAUUAGCGAUGUAAAAGGCCACGUUGGGACAAAAAAACACAAGUCUAAUGCCGUUGCUAAAUUUGGAUUUUAGCCACAAAAAGGUAAUGACACCAAUGUUAUCUAUUGGAAUUGUUUAGUACUGUUAUACUGUUAAAAGUGUUUAUACUAUUUAUGCUUUCAAGUCCAAGUUGAAGAAAUCUUGUUAAAUGUUGACAGCAUAACUACCAAAAUACAGAAGUAUGUCCUUAAUAUUUUUGCAGUGCUAUUUCUGUUGAAAAGUUAAAAUGAUUACAUUAGAAAUGUGAUGUGCCACUUUUCAA